AUGAAUUCAAGAAUAUUUCCAUCAGUAGUCAUCCUGUACGUAGUGGAUUUGAAAAAUACAUUGAAACUUAAUAGCGAAACAUUCGAAGAUACGGCCAAAACUAUUAUUGAGUUGAUUAAAACUUCUCAAGUUUCGUAUGGCUACGUUUCGUUUAUAAUUAAUAACCAAUCCAGAAUUAAUCAAAAGAAUAUCAAAAUUCUCGCAGAUCUCGCUUAUAUGUUGAUAAAUAAGGAACAUAUCAAUUACAUUUACAACGGUAAAUGUAAGAGAUUAAAUACUUUGCUUCAUUAUUAUGGCGUUAAAAUUCCAAGACCAGAUAUUUAUCUCAACAAAAGUUUCACAAAGGAAGAAUUGAUCGACGGAGAAUAA